UGGCCAGACUCUACGCAGGGCCACUAUAAAUGUCCCAUGAAACAAAAUCAGCGCACGACGUACGCUUGAACCCGAUCGAGCUCAAAGUUACUGGCCAUGGCUGCUGAGAUCGCAGCAUACUACUCGCUCCUCCUGCCUCUCCUUCUAGUCGUAGUACCUGCGCUCUACUUGGUGGUGGGAGUGUUCCGCAGCCGCAGGAGGUCGGCCGGCGAACAACGGUUUCCUCCGGGGCCAUGGGCGCUGCCGGUGAUCGGCCACCUUCACCACCUCGCCGGCUCGUCGGUCCCGCCGCACCACGCCAUGCGGGACCUAGCUCGGCGCUACGGCCCUCUCAUGCUGCUCAAGUUCUGCCAGCUCCCCGUGCUGGUGGCCACCUCCCCGGACGCGGCGCGCGAGAUCAUGAAGACCCACGACGUGGCUUUCGCGUCGCGGCCCCUCAGCCCGACCAUGCAGCUCUUCCUGCGUGGAUCGGAGGGCCUCGUCUUCGCGCCCUACGGCGACGGAUGGCGGCAGCUCCGCAAGAUCUGCACCCUCGAGCUCCUCAGCAACCGCCGCGUCCACUCCUUCCGCGCCGUCAGGGCGGAGGUGCUGGGACGCCUCCUCCGCUCCGUCGCGUCGGCGGCGUCGGCGUCGGCGGCGGUGAACUUGACCCGGGGGUUAGCGUCGUUCGUCGCGGACUCGUCGGUGCAAGCCAUGAUCGGCCGCUUGAGGAGCGACGACCGUGACACUCUGUUCACGCUGCUGCGGGAGGGGUUUAAGGUCGUACCGGGGAUGACCCUGCCGGACCUUUUCCCGACGUCACGACUCGCCAUGCUCCUCAGCCGCGUGCCCGCCAGGAUCGACCACCGCAACAAACGCAUGGCCGCCUUCAUGGACUCCGUCAUCCAGCAGCAUCGGGAGAAGAGGUCAGCCGACGGCGGAGAGGAACACACCGAGGACUUGCUUGACGUGCUCUUGAGGCUCCAGGACGACGUGGGCUCCCAGUAUCCCCUCACCACCGAGAACAUCAAAUUGGUCAUCAUAGACAUGAUUAGUGCGAGCAGCGAGACCACGUCGACGACGCUGGUGUGGGCAAUGGCAGAGCUGCUGCGGAAGCCAGCGGCCAUGCAGAGGGCGCAAGACGAGGUCCGGCGGCAGCUCAACGGCCACCUCAGGGUGACGGAGGACGGCCUAACAGACCUGCACUACCUGCGGCUAGUCAUCAAGGAGACGCUCAGGCUGCACCCGCCGGUGAUGCUGAUCCGAGAGUGCGGCCCGCGGCAGCAGGUGCUCGGCUUCGACGUGCCGCAGGGCGCCAUGGUGCUGGUGAACGCCUGGGCGAUGGGCAGGGACCCGGCCCACUGGGACUCCGCCGGGGAGUUCUUGCCGGAGAGGUUCGAGGAAUGUGGUAAGGAUUUCAAGGGGGUGGAUUUCGAGUUCCUGCCGUUCGGCGCCGGCAGGAGGAUAUGCCCUGGUGUGUCCUUCGGCCUCGUGCACCUCGAGCUCGCGCUCGCGGCCCUGCUGUUCCAUUUCGACUGGAAGCUGCCGGACGGGAUGGUCCCCGAGGAGCUGGACAUGACUGAGGAGGCCGGGCUCACCACGCGCCGGCGGGCCGAGCUAGUGGUGUUCGCUGUCCCUCAUGUUCCUGUUCCUGUUCCCACAGAGUAAACGUGCCCGGCCGUAUUAGCACCAAGAGUUUCUUGUGUUUGUGGUGACCAUCUUGUGAGCUGUUGCCUGCUGGGUUAUAAAUUCAUGAUUUUAAAUAAA